AUGAUGAAGCGAUUCAGCCAGAGACUCUCGCGAGGCAAAGACGCCGCAAAGUCCUCCAAGAAGAGUAAGGAUUCCAAGGAUGGGACCUCGUCUCCCUCGUCUCGAGAUGCCAACCAGUCCCCGGUCCUGACCCCGUCGUCUUCGACAUCGACCCUCAACGACCCUCGCAACAAGCCGCUGCCCCCAAACUCUGCUCUUGGGGGUGACCAUGGUGCCAAUCAGCCCUCGGGCCUUGGUGCUGGCCAGCAGGGCCUCGAUCGAUUUGGACCGAUGGGCGGCGCGGGCAGUCCCAACGGCGCCAACGCGGGUGGUAGAGGUCCCCCAACCGUCGUCAUCAGUCCGACUCCAGGGCACAUCCCUCCCCCUGGAGCCACCGAAACAAUGCCUCACGAACUGGCGCCCCCAAAGGCCGGCCAAAAGUCGCUGAUGAUCAAUCGUAUGGAUAACCGAGAUGCCAUCCCAGAGGGCCUGCGGACACCAAAGCGACAGCACUCAUCUCGAUUCGACAUUUCCGCCCAUCGCGAGCUGGAGAAACUUCCGGGCUUCCACGAGGUACCGCCUAACAGGCGCCAGGAGCUCUUUAUGCAAAAGAUUGAUCAGUGCAAUGUCAUCUUUGACUUUAACGACGCUAGUGGUGACAUGAAAGCCAAAGAGAUCAAGCGACUAGCUCUCCACGAGCUGCUGGACUACGUUGCCAACAACAGACAGGUCAUCACUGAGCCUAUGUAUCCCAGAGUUGUCGAGAUGUUCAGCAAGAAUCUGUUUCGACCAAUCCCGCCGCCAUUGAACCCCCAAGGCGAGGCAUUCGAUCCGGAGGAGGAUGAGCCCGUCUUGGAGGUUGCUUGGCCGCACAUCCAGGUCGUCUACGAGUUUUUCCUGCGCUUCAUUGAAAGCCAGGACUUUAACACCAACAUUGCCAAGGCAUACAUUGACCACAGCUUCGUGCUUCAGCUGCUAGAUCUCUUUGACUCUGAGGAUCCUCGCGAGCGAGAUUUCUUGAAGACGACUCUCCAUCGCAUUUACGGCAAGUUCCUCAACCUGCGAUCAUUUAUCCGACGAUCCAUCAACAACGUCUUCUUCCAAUUCACAUAUGAAACGGAGAGGUUCAACGGCAUUGCCGAGCUUCUAGAAAUCCUAGGCUCCAUUAUCAAUGGCUUUGCCCUGCCUUUGAAGGAAGAACAUAAGAUCUUCUUGACCCGAGUCUUGCUUCCGCUUCACAAGCCCAAGAGCUUGAGCAUGUACCACCCUCAACUCGCUUAUUGUAUUGUGCAGUUCCUGGAAAAGGAUGCAUCCCUCACCGAAGAUGUUGUCCUUGGAUUGUUGCGAUACUGGCCAAAGGUUAACAGUACAAAGGAGGUCAUGUUCUUGAAUGAGGUUGAAGACAUCUUUGAGGUCAUGGAUCCCGCUGAAUUCGCCAAGGUCCAAGAGCCUUUGUUCCACCAGCUUGCCAAGUCUGUGGCGAGCCCCCAUUUCCAGGUCGCCGAGCGUGCGUUGUACUUCUGGAACAACGAAUACUUCUGCAAUCUCGUAAGCGAUAACGUGGAAAUUAUCCUCCCCAUCAUGUUUGCUCCUCUCUACGAAAACUCAAAGGGCCAUUGGAACAGGACAAUUCACGGCAUGGUUUACAACGCUAUGAAACUCUUCAUGGAGAUCAACCCUCAGCUCUUUGAUGAUUGCUCUCAUGAGUAUACAGAGCAGCAGAACAGCGCCGCAGCCCGAGAGGCGCUGCGAGAGCGAAAGUGGGCUGCUCUAUCCCAGCAAGCUGACGAGCGAAGAGCAUCACUGGGACUGGCCACAGUUGAGGACCCUGGCAGGGCUCGCGGAGGAAGCCUCCCACGGGUUGACGAAGUUGACACUGCCGAGGAUAACCAGAAGCGCCUCGAUUCGCUAAAGCUUCAAGAUGCUACCGGACGACAGCAACAUGAGCGACAAGGUUCCGUAGGGUCCAACCGAAGCAGAUAG